AUGGCAAUAAAACCAUCUGAAGAAUCUCAAUUUGGAAUAAAAAUCUAUUUAAGUCAACCAUGGAAUUUAAUUAAAAGUGGAUAUCUUGUACUAACAUGGAUUGUUCUAGGUUUUCAUCUUGAAUUGAUUGGCCCAACAAUGUCAAUUGUUGCAGCAAAUGCUAAAGUUGAUUAUAGUGGAAUGAGUUCAGCACUUGCAGCACGAUCUGCAGGUUAUUUAAUAGCAAAUAUUUUUGGUGCUAUAUUUCAAAAUAUAGUCAAAAAACAUUCUGAAGGCCUUCUUGUUUGUGCUUUUAUUUUACCUGCUAUUGUUGUUUUUACAACUCCGUUUGUAAAAUCAUUAAUAGCUAUGUGUCUUUUAUUUCUUAUUCAAGGAACUGCUCAAGGUUUGACAGAUCUAGGUGGAACAAAUAUUUUAUUGACAAUGUGGAGUAGUAAUGCCGCAGCUCCAUUAAAUACGGCUCAUUUAGGAUAUGGCAUAGGUGCUGUUUUUGUUAAUUUACUUGUUCGUCCAUUUCUUAGUCAAAAAAGUACAUUAAUAAAUAAAAAAGAUUAUAAACAAGCAAAUGAAACAUUAUCAGAUGUUAAUUUAACAACAAAUAAUUCAUCGCUUUUUAUUCCAUAUUCCAUUACUGCUCUUCUAUGUUUUUUACUUGCUAUUGGACAUUUAUUUUUUUAUAUUAAAGAACAAAAAAAUCAUCGAGAAAUAUUACAAGUUCAACAGAUUGAUUAUACUGCUGUAAGUGAAAAUCCAACAAAUUUGAGUCGUUUAAUGAAUAAAGAUAAAUCUUCACAAUAUUCUCCUCGUACAUGUGGUCGAGGAUAUUUUCAAUAUGGUUUAAUUCUUUCAAUAAUAUUUGUUUGUUAUACAUUUUUUAUUGGUGGAAAUGAUCAAACAUUUUCGAAAUUCUUUUUUGCUUAUCUUAAAUUUGAUCAAUUCAAUAUAUCGACAAAAGCUGCAAGUUGGGCAACUAUUUUAUAUUGGCUUUCAUAUUCAAUUGGAAGAUUAUUUGCUGCAAUUAUAUCUGUAUUUUUAUCAGUAGAUAUGUGUCUUAAUAUAAUUUGGUUUGGAGGUUUUUGUCUUGCUAUAUCUUGGUUAAUAUUUGUAUGGUUUAUUGGUUUAACAAGCACAAGUUUAUUCAUUCUUGGAGCAGUUACUGGCUUAGUAUUUUCGCCAAUAUUUCCAUUAUCAUUUGGUUUAUUUAAUCAACGAUUAAAUGUUGUACCAAUGCUUCUUGCUUCACUCUUAUGUGGAUCGGCAGUUGGAGCAAUGACUCUUCAAAAAAUUGCUGGUUUUGUAUUGGAUCGUAAUCCAAAACAUUUUCCAACACUCUUAAUUGUUUGUUUAUUGAUAUCAAUUAUACUUUAUUUAGCGUCAAAUCUUGUUUAUUUUUUUCAUGAACGAAAAAAUCUAUUAAAUGCUCGUCCAUCAUUAACAAACGGUGCAGCACUCUCACCCGAAACUUCUAAUGACGAAGAACAACAAAUGGCUACGUAUUUAAGAGAUCAACAAGAUUCAUAA